AUGAAUACCGACGGAUGCGCCAUCGACGGCAAUGGAGAUUUAUACGGCCUUGGCGUGCGCAUCGGCGUCUACUGCCAAUGGGUCUCGUCCUGGAUCCGCAUGCUGGUGGACGAGGAGAGCAUCGAGGAUGUCCACGGGGUCAACGCCAUAUUCGUCUUUGCAGUCAUCAUCGCCACGAUCUUGGCGCAGGUCCAUCGCGAUGUGAAGCCGAUAGAGUUGUACAUCAUGCUGCAAAUCUCUCUUGGUUUCUUCAUCACGGUGCUCAGCACGAUAGGAGUCCGGAAUCACUUCUUGCGACCGAAACGAGUCAAGCUUAUCUGGCAUCACUACCAAAAGGUCGUCGAGAAGCGCAGGCAAAAUGCGGAAAUGGGGGAGAAGAUUUGGAGUCGCCAUCGGUUCAAGCAAAUCUUCAAAGAAGAGCGAGAGAGGAAUAAUGUUGUCAAGGCGUUCUACCAGUCCUUAUUUAGGAUGGGCCGCGAAUACCUCGAAGAUGCCGCUGCGAAACAGUAUCUUUCCAACCCAACUUUCGAGGUCCCUAUCGAGUACCUGACUCCAUUCAAACCUCGUAACAUUUCAUGGGUUGGAGUUGUAUGGAGGACGGCCAUUCUCGGUGUCGUGGCGGGCUUCAACGUUUAUUUCUGGUUCUACAUCGCAAACCAACCGAAUGCUGAUGACGUGUUCCUAAGCAUUUUAUGGUUCAUCCUGUCCAUCGAACUUACGUUGGGGUGGAACCAUGUCCAAGACAUCAACGAGAUUAAGACAACAGGUCAACUGAUUCCCUUCAUCAUUGGAUGCGUCAGUACCUGCCAAGUAUUGAAGCAGGUCGCGCUGAUCGGGCUGCGAAAGAUGUUCCCGGAUUGGGCAAGUUACGAGCUCGAGGCUGCAUACACUGCAAGGGGCGGCAUCAAGUUCCACAUCAACCAUAGUCCACGUGAUGACGAGGGGAUUUCAACGAGCUCAGAGACGCGGAUGGCCACGGGCAUCGCCUUCAGGGAUGUUGGGUAUGUUGAGUCGGGUCAGAAGCCGUGA